AUGUACUUCAUCAAAUAUUCUUUUAUUCAAUAUUAUCAUAUACUAUAAUUAAUGNCCACGAAAAACAUUAGAAGAUUAUUAUUAUCUAUUAAGGAAAGCUGA